AUGAAGCUCUUGGAGAUCAUUUGUGUUUUCUUGUUGUGCCUUUUGAUGGCCAUUAUCACCUCCAGCCCUAGCCCCUCCUACUAUCACUCCAUCUCAGCAAUGGCCGCCCUGGCUCGCUUCCUCCACCAUCACCACCAAGCUCGCCAAAGAACACGAGAGCGCGUGCUGGCUCGCGAACGCCAGGAGCGAGAGUGAGAGACAAUCGGCAGCAAUAAUGCAGGCAUUGGACGAGAGAAUCCAUCGGUACUUGGCCUACGAUGAUUUGCUUGAAACGAACAACAUCGCUCUGCUCGAAACGCCGGAAGAGACGAGAGAGCGACGGGAGAAGACGGAGAUGAUGCGGCGGAUGCUGGCUAUACGCCAUAGACAACGAGCCGAGCGGGAGAGGCGGGGUUGA